AUGCAUAUACAUUCUGUCAAAAUUGAUACAAAUGACAAUAUUCGCGAUUACAAUGUUGUCCUUAUAUACAUUGCAGUUAAUAUAAAGAAUAGAAAUUUAUAUGUAUAUAACGUAAAAAUAUGUUGUUUUUUCAAUGUAUAAAUUAUAAAUGAAUGAUAUAAUAUAUUGUUUAAUAUAACAUAAAUAAUAAAAGUGUAUGAAGUAUAUUAGCAUUUUAAAGAUUUGUGAAAAAUAAAAUAACCUAAAAUUCUGAUUUAAUAUCUUGUCCGAUGUAUUUAAAAUGGAAUGGCAAGAAGUAUUAGAAAUUCUUACACAUCAAUUAAAACCUGUUUUAAAGAAAAAGGUAAAACGUGAAGAUGAACUUAUGUCAAUUUUAUGGAAUGAUCAAAAUAUGAAGAAACUUGUGUAUUUAUGGUUGGAAGAUCAUUAUGACAGGAAAGAAUGUAAAUCUGUUUCCAAAGCACAAAUUUUCAAGAAAAUGGGUAAUAAAGAAUUUCAGGAAAAAAACUAUAUUAAAAGCAUAGAAUUAUACACAAAAUGUGCAUUGUAUGCUCCUGUAAAUAGUUGUGAAUUGGCAGUUGCAAUCGCAAAUAGAUCUGCUUCAUUAUUUUAUUUAAAUAGAUAUCAUAAGGAUUGCAUAAAAGAUAUUGAACUAGCAACUAAAUUAAAUUAUCCUAAAGAGUUGCAGUAUAAAUUGUAUUUACGCGCAGCACAGUGUUAUUUGAAAUUAGGCAAACAGCAAUUAGCUAAAGAAACACUUUCCAAGAUACAGAAAAUGGUUCAUGAUUCUGAUUAUAUUGCACCUUCUAUGAAAGGUAGUAUUGAAAAAAAGAUAAAUAAUAUAACAUUUGCUGAGUCAUUUCAACAAAAUAUUGUACAAAAUUUUGUACAAGAUAUUGAUGAUUUGUUAAAAUUAAAAUCCCACAUUACGUUUGAAGAAAAUACUAAUUUCCCUAAUGCAUCUGUAGCUAUAGAUAGAAUAUACAACCAGGAAUUAGGAAGACACGUAAUAGCAAAUAAAUCUAUUAAGAAAGGUGAUAUUCUUUUUCUGGAAAAACCUGUAAGUUUUGUGGUACUAAGUCAUGAUACAUAUAAUCGGUGUCCACAUUGUAAUUGCCAAAACGCAGACAUUCCUGUUCCGUGUACAACAUGUUUAAAUACCUUUUAUUGCAAUGAAUACUGUUCAACUAAAGCAUGGUCUUUGUAUCAUUGCUGGGAAUGUCCAGGAAAUCAAAUGAAACUUUGGGAAGAAAUAGGAAUAGGGCAUUUAGCCUUAAAAGUUUUAUUAACUUGUUCGACUAUGACAGAUGAAAUCAAAUUUAAUGAAAUACAAAAUUUAGUUACUAAUUUCGAUAAAUUAUCUAUGGAUGAGUUAACAGUAUAUGGAAUUACAGCUGUUAUGCUCACCAUAUAUUUAUUGAAGUAUACGAACUUCUUUCAAUCAAGUAAUCUUGAAGACUGUUUAAAGAAAAAAUUCCCAAAUAAUUCAUUGAACACUUCGUUUAAUAUUUUAACAACCAAUGACAAGCAACUUUAUGUAAGUUCUUUACUUUUACGAUAUAUUCUUCAACUUAUUAUUAAUGGACAUGCAAUUACAAAAUCAAAUACACUAUUAAGAAAAAAUGACUCUUCCAUGAAACAACAAGAUAUUAUAGCUACAGGAAUUUAUCCUUCUGCAAGUAUGAUGAACCAUUCGUGUGAUCCCAAUAUAAUUAACAUCUUUGUGGGUCAAUACCUUAUUGUCAGAGCUUCGAGAGACAUUGGUCAAAGUGAAGAAAUUUUCAACUGCUAUGGGCCACAUUAUAGACAUAUGACAACAGAAGAUAGACAAAAGAUUUUAAAAAGUCAUUACUGUUUUACUUGUAAGUGUAAAGCAUGCACUCUACCAAAAUUACAAUAUUUUACAGAAAGAUUUAAUGCUGCGAAAUGCCUGAAAUGUAAUGGUCCAGUAUGUAAUAUAAAAGAUUCUAUAUAUUGUUUGGAUUGUGGUGACAAAUCUCAAAUUUAUUCCCCAAAUAAAAUAAUACAAGCUAAAGAAAUUUUUGAAGCAGCCCAAGUUUCCGUUGAUUUAGGAAAAACGAAAGAAGCACUAAAUAAAUUAAAAAAAUGUUUACAUAUUAGAAGAACAGUGUUAUAUGAAUAUAAUGAAGAUAUUACAGAUACAUUAAUUCUUAUGGGAGAAAUAUAUAAAACAAUGGGACAAUGGAUAGAUAGUAUAACAUGUUUUGAAAACACACUUGCAACAGUGAGAGAAAAAUUCGGUUCCUCUAGUAUAGAACUUCUUAACCAAUUAAAUGAUCUUACAGAUAUAUGUCUUAUAUAUCUAGAAAAGAAACUAAAUACUAAUACAGACACAUAUAAAAAGAUACUACAGAAAACUCAAAAUUAUUUAAAUCAAUUAGAAGAAAUUACCAAUUUUAAUUAUGGAUCGUGGAAUAAAGUUUAUGAAGAAAUAAAACAAAAGCAAAAGAAAAUCGACUAUUAUAUGCAAAAUUUAAAUGAAUAAAUAAACAUAUUUUCUAAAAAUGUGUAUAUUUAUUAUUUCAUAUAUGUACUUCCUUUGUAUGUAUUAUAUAUAUAUAUAUAUAUAUAUAUAUAUAUAUAUAUAUAUAUAUAUAUGGAGAGAAAUUUAUCUUAUCCAAAACAAUGAAUACAUUCUAAUAAACCAUUUCACGAUGUGCGUAACGAGAUAAUUUAUUACAUAUAUUUACGAACAUCAGUGACAAAAAGAUAUAAAUAAAAUGUAACUUUACACAUAAGGUAAUAAACUAAGUGAAUUGUAAUAUCUGUAAACAAUUUUACUUUGAAUUAAUAUUCUUUCUUUCUUUC